AUGUCUCUUUCAGCGGCAAGUACGAAAGGAGAAAUCAAGAAAGACGAACGGGUGGCAGUGCUGGCUACAGCAGAGUUGCCUGCAAAAUCACUUGACCUGGCAGCGAUUAAUCUGACCGAGCUGGUAAAUGGAAUGCUAAAUUCUGCUCUCAAAGGUACCAAAAAGUUCUUCUCGUUGUUGAGCAUCACCUCCUAUAGUUCAUAUGCCUUCCACAAAGUCUCCAUCGUCGUGUAUAACAUUUCCAACUUGAAAAAUAUUGACCCCACGAAGUUCCCCACCAGGUACUGUUACUGCUUAACUAACAGGACAAAUGAUUUAACAGAUUUUACGGCUUUGCUAGUUGAUAUCAUUGGAAACUCCACCAGCUCUCUAACCGAAAUUUUCAAGUCUACUUCCAUUCUCUCAGUGAGCCAAAGCAACGACACGGACUGUGUCUAUAUUUGCGUCAUGUCAGGCCGCACAGGUAGAAACCUGUCCGAUUUGUGGGAAGCAGUUGAGAAGUUCCCGGUUAUUAAUUACACGUUUUCUGGUAACGUGUCCGAUCUCCUGGAUUUGGACUCCAUCCUGCCCAAUCUGAUUCCAUUGCGGGGAGAGGCUGAGAAGGUCCUAAGUUAUACCGCACAAGGCGCAUGGACAUUUAAAACUACAAAGAUGCCGAUGCGGGCACAGACCGGAUCCUCGAAAGGAGCGGAGAUGUUUGUGACACAACGUCCCAUAUGGCUGAAGACCACAAGUUCUCAAGGGCUAUAUGUACCUGCUCCUUUGUGGUUGCAGACUGAUAUCUGGAAGGGACCUGAUGUUUUGUCAACUAAAACUACUUCAGUGGAGCUUCCUCCUCCUCCUACCCCAGUAGAAGGCUAUGAUAUCUCACCAGGAGCGCCACCUGUGCCAACUCCAAAGUUGUCUGUCCAGCUUGAGACGAUUGCCCCCAAAGGUGAUGGGACCAUCUCACCCAGAUUCACCACAUGGCAGAAGACCGUGGGCUUGAAGGGCUCGGAGCCGUCCUCUUUUCAGGUGUCCUCGUGGCUGCAGGCUGGUGCUUCGAAAGACUGGGAGAUUGCGCCAACUAAAUUGGUGCUCUCACUUGCACCUGUGACGAGCUCUGAUGUCCCCCCUGGAACACAGCCAGUUCCCACAACAGGAGUUCCUUUGCCGCUGGCUUCUCCUUCUACAGAAGAAGGACCAGAUUUAUUGAAGACAAGCAGGAUCCAUUCUUACUCAUGCUGUUAUGUUCUUUUCCUUCUUUCACGGGCAGGGAAUGUGGCUUUGCUUGCAGUGUCGACACCUCCACAAAGGACCACUGUGUUACCAAAGGUGUAUUCCAGGUGUCCGAAGGCCCCCAAGAGAGAGACCGCUGUGACCUUGCCGGCAGCUACCGCCGUGUCUCCGAAGAUAAACCCUUGCGUCAUGGAGCUGUGUAAAUUUUUUCAGCAGUGUCUCUGCAUGAGGCAAAGAAGAUACUCGAGAGAAGAAUCAAUGAGGUACUGUAUGGAAAACUAUUCCUGGUUCUUGAAAAAUGCAGCAUAUGUCUGUGGCCGAGUCAAACGGAUGGCCUAUUCCAACACGUUAAAGCAAAAGUGUCUCACAAGCAUUUGCAAAUCCAUUUAAGUCUCCAAAUGGAAUUGUUCUUCACAAGAGGAGAAAGAAAGAAAGAAAGAAAGAAAGAAAGAAAGAAAGAAAGAAAGAAAGAAAGAAAGAAAGAAAGAAAGAAAGAAAGAAAGAAAGAAAGAAAGAAAGAAAGAAAGAAAGAAAGAAAGAAAGAAAGAAAGAAAGAGAAAGAAAGAC